AUGGACGGAAGUAGGAAUGAAUAUUAUGAAUAUUUCGAACGAAAACCCUCAAAAUGGGACAUUAUAGAAUUUUUAGAGCAAUGUGACCUUGAGCCGUACGAAAAAAAAGUGGAUCGAUACAUUAGGUGCCUCAGAUGUAUUGCUCGUGGUGAGCAAAAAGAGAGAAAAGAAAAGGCAGAAGAGCUUCUCAGAAGAUACAGUGAAGUCAUUCGCAUUUUUCGCGACCGCCGAGCCACAAAAUCAGUGCUGGAACACAGGCGACCCAUGUUGGAAAAUAAACCAGACAAACAACGCGUCAAGAAUUGGGAAAAAACACGUAAAUCAAGCAAAAUAAGCGGUGGUUCUUCGAUUUACAUCCACAACCACAAUUCGACAUUAUCAGGAAACUCUUUUGCCGUUGCUGGGAACACUUCAACUACUAAAGCUACUACUAAACGCAAGCGAGAGGGCUUUAGAGGGAAAAAGAACGAUGAGGUGCAAGAACAAACAAAGCGAGUACGUUUUGAGGAAAAGUCGAAGAAAUUGUCAUCAGAAAAAAGGGGGGAUACGUUGCCUGAUGGAACGAAAAUUGAAAAGCCAGCUCCUAUAAACCUGAUACCUGAGGAUGAUGACGAUUCCUCCUGGGAUGAUGACGAUUCCUCCAGAUUAGAUGACGAUCAUGAUGAUAAUAGCGAUGAAGAAGAAGACGCACCUGCCCCAGAAGAAUCUCUCAAUUCCGUCUUUAGUGGCCCAAAGAAUUGGUUUCUUCCCUCCGGAGCAAAUGUUAAUGAUAUUGUUGCCGGAAAAUUAUCCUCAAAUGCGAUAGCAAUCAAAAAGAAGAGAAUAUCAGCCUCAGAAAAAACAACAUUACGUUAUGGAUAUUCGCGAAUAAUUGAUUUAUCCACAAAUAUGAGGGACUGGUUCUCCAUUGAUGAUAGGAAAUUCAUGAUGAAAGACCACAAAGCUGUAUUGCAGGUUCCUUGCAUGACAAAUGAGGAAAACUCAUUUGUGGCAACAGUUGAGGAUAUGAUAUGUGAAGAAAAAGUAAACGAGGCGUAUAAAUUUUGUAUCGAGAAGCACCUUAGUUCCAAAGAGAAUAGCUACAUAUACAAACUAAGUAAAAUAUAUGGUGACUUCAUUUAUAAAUGCAAAGGUCAUGUAGAUAUACUGGAUUGCGGGCACACAGAAAUCGAU